UCGAAUGAGAGAGGAAGUCUUCACUGCACGCUUCACUAUGGAAACUGGAUCGUCAGCAACGACUCUGUAAUUUCAUACCAACUAUACAUACCUACACAAUUACACAAUAUACAUGUUUAUUUUAGGUACAGAAGCGAAGCGUACUACGCCGCCUCAUAAAAACGUAAAAUCCAAACAAGUCGACCUUUAAAAAACUUCAUUCUUACAUAUGCUUUCAUAUCUCAAUUCAUUCAAAGCAAUCAAUUAUAUAAUUUAGCAAAACUAAACGAUAACGCUACGACGGUGUUAGUAGUCGACCUCUUAAAAUCUUAAUUCUUGCUUUGAUGUCUCAUUCAAAUCAAUUCUGGGGUACCACAUUAUAUAAUUUAACUAAACGAAUAUUUCCGUGGGGAAUUGUUUUCGUUUAGGUAUCUCUGGUAAUACCACCUCCCAUUAUAUAUUAUUACAUAAUGCUUGUUCAUAGUUCGAUGUUUUCUUCUUAGUGUAACACGCGAUUGCUUUCGUCUUAAAAUAAAUUAAAUGUGAUAAAUCAUACUAAUUUCUGUUAUUUUGUAAGAUUGUUGUUAAUGUUCAAAAGGAGUUAAGAUGCCUUUAGAAACAAAGGAAAUUGUGGAUCCUGAAAUAAGGGCGAUCAUCGAUACGGAUUUUAUCGACUCCCCUAAUGAAGACUUUAUCUUAUACGGCGACGAAGAAACAUGUUUGCGAAAACAUUUUCGUAAAUACGAGGAACAAAUUGACAACUUCGAAUUGCGGGAUGAAGAUAUCAUUGUCGCGUCGUUUCCGAAAUCAGGUACAACCUGGAUCCAGGAGAUGGUAUGGCUAAUAAAACACCGCGUAAGUUUAACAGGCUCCGAAAUUGACAUUUGUGAACGCUUUCCCAUGCUAGAAAUGUGCUCGCUGAUGGAGUCUCGGAAUGCUGAAGAGUAUGUAGAGAAGCACUUUAUCAAAUCACUUCAAUACAUUGACGAACAAAAGGGACAAAGAUUUAUUAAAACACACUUACCCCUCUGCCUACUCCCCAAACAACUUAAGAAUGGCACAAAGCAGCCCAAGGUGAUAUACGCAAUUAGAAACCCCAAAGAUGUUUUCACGUCAUAUUAUCACCAUGGUCAUGUGAUGCACGGUUGGAAACCGAACAUGGAGGACUUCGCAAAGGUUUACUUGGGCGAUAAAGUACUAUUUGGACCGUAUUGGAAACACGUGUUCGGAUUUUAUAACAUGAGACAUUUGCCAAACUUUUUAAUAAUCAAAUACGAAGACAUGAAAAAGGACAUUACAGGGGUAAUCGAAAAGGUUUGCCAUUUUUUGGGCGAAGAUCCGUUAACGGAGGAGCAGUUGGAGUUGUUGCGCGAACGAAUUGACUUUAAGUUUAUGAAGAAUAAUCGGGCGGUGAACUACAAACGUUUUGUUGAAGCCGGCAGAAAGAAUAAUCCCGACGUGACGGAUUUUAUGAGGUCGGGUACCGUCGGAAAUUACAGAGAAGAAAUGAGUGACGAGUUGAUUUCAAAAUUUGACGAGUGGAUAAAGCGAAAUAUAUCGAAUACUGAUUUUGAUGAAGACUAUGCUUAUGGUCGUUCUACAUAGAAUCGAGAUGAUUUUGUCCACGACUCAAAAAUUUCUUCAUGUAUGCCACGUGUUAGUGAGUAAUUAAGUCUUCCGAAUUAUAAGUAAAACAGAAAGAAUGAGACCUCUAUUACUCGUAUGUUAGUAUGCAGGAUAUGCUGACUGGCUGAAUACAUCAAUAUUGUUUUA